AUGUCUGUUCAAAAAAUCAACAGCCCCGAAAGGCCGCUAGCACCUAUGUACUCACAUGCGGUGAAGAUCCCGGGUCUUAUCUUCUGUAGCGGGCAAACCCCUGUGGACAGUACAGGCAACGUGGCUCAAUGCCUCUCUAACUUGACCGACGUAUUGAAUGCCGCUGGUUCGUCAUGGGACAAGGUGGUGAAAGUGAACAUUUACCUCAAGAGCAUGGGCGACUUCGCAGCUAUGAACGAGGCUCUCCCGGACCCUAAGCCGGCUCGUACAUGUAUCCAAGCUGGUGGACUGCCUCAUGAUGUGGACGUAGAGAUCGAAGCGAUUGCUGCAGUUUGA